CCGCAAAAUGACGUCCCCAAGAGUGUGCGUGCUUUUGGCAGUAGUGACUUUGGCUAGUGCUUCACCCGCCAAACCCGCCUUCUGGAAGGGUACCGCGUUCGACUCGAGCGUCGAGCAAAUGAGGGCGCUAUGCGCUGAAGACGACCCAAUUGCGUGUCUCAAAUUUAAGGCCAUCUCGUUCUUAAAUUCGAUCUUGCAGAAAGACAACUUCCUAAUUGGUGACGAUGUUGAAGUGUCAAGGAACUCCUACCAACCCAACGAAAUCACGAGCAGGAGCGAGAACUCCAUCGAAGACACGGUGGAGGAGUACAUGAAGAGUCACGACGUCACUUUCAACUUACCAGGAACCAAGGUCACGGUUGGUGCUCGCAACUUAGACAGCGAAGAACUUGACUUUAAAGUCAACUUCGGGGGUGAAGUUGAAGCACGCAAAUCCAAACUGAAGAAAGUCAUCGUUCCAAUUUUGGUCUUCGUGUUGCUGAAGGCCAUCACUUUGGUACCACUAGCGUUAGGUAUUUUGGGCUUGAAGGCUUGGAAUGCCCUUCAGUUGUCGUUCUUGUCGUUCAUUGUGUCCGUGGGGUUGGCUAUUUUCCAGCUUUGUAAGAAGAUAGCGUCUGAACACGCUCCUCCACAAAUUUCGGCACAUCCUCCAUGGGAGGCGGCGUAUAAUCAUUACGCAGCGAGGUCGUUGGGAGAUGAAGCGCAAAAGUUGGCGUAUAAGGCGCAUGUGCAAGAAUGAGUUAA